CGGAAGCAGUGAGCGUCAACGGUGUUCUUGAUGGUUGAGUGCUGCCUGUUUUUAUUUUUAUUUUAUUAGUCGGCUGAUUUCCACUGGAAACGACGGCCGUAUACUCAUUUGAGACUACUUGAGCUAUUAAGGUACAAGAAAUCGACAUGGGUGUGUCAGAAUCGGAGGAAUCUUCUCUGUUACUGGACGAAAAGCUGCUCCGUUUCAUGGAUCAAUUGAAGUUACUGGAGGAGAAACGAGCCACUCUCAACUCUCUCAUAGAGCAGGGAUGGUUUUCUAUGUCUCAGGCUCGAUAUUCUAUGGGAAACAAGCAAGUCUCUGCUCUUCAGUAUGCAAGUGAAAUAGAGCCACUGGUCUGUGUUCAUGCAAGAGCACUAGACAAUGGUGAGGUGGAUUUCUGCACAGAAAGGGUUAAACAAAAGUGUUGUAAUGACGAUGGAAAAGAUGCAAGGUCAAUAGAGGACAUUGGACCUCGAGAAGAAGGUAUCAGGAGAAGGAUCAAACCAAAAAAGGAUAUCACAGAGAAGGAGGCAAGUGAAGAAGCAAGUGUAAUAGAGCUGUCAGCUGAGAUUGCAGCCCUUCAGACUGCAGUGUUGAACACCAGACAGGAGCUGAAGCACAGCAUGAAAGACAAACACAUUCUCCAGGAGAACGCCUCAGCAGCACACAAGGUGGCAGACUAAAUAACUCGCAUCGAGUCACACUGGACCUGAUCUGAGAAGCACCUGUGGCCACAGAGAGUGACGGAUUAUGCUUCAGGGCCAGUGGAACUCAACAGUGAUCCCCCUGGUGAAGAUUACAGAUGAAGCAGUGAUGUAGCUGCUAGUAGAUGAUGUUUGAUCUUGUGGCGUUUUGACUGUCUCACUCUUAUACGUGUUGCCCGUUGAUGUGUUUGUGAAUAUUCUCUUUUAGGAAUUACUCAGGCUCAAUAAAAUCUUUGUUGUAUACUGUAAAGAUGAAUUAUUAUUCAUUUACUCUUAACAAGUUAAUGAUUAAUACAAUUGAUUUGGUAGUAACACAGUUGUGAAUUCUGGUCAUUGUUUUAGACAUUUUAAAUAAGUUUUUAGUAAGUAUAUUGUGCUCCUGAUCCUCUUCUCCAAAAGGUGAAUAAUCAAACAUAUUGAUUAGAAUAUAAAUUAUGUAUGCUGAUUAUCUUGAUUAGAAAUACACAAUGACGUCUAUAAUACACAUUGUUUUUAUGUUUAUGUUAACUACUUUACUUAUUUGUAAAGCGUUGGUAAAUUCCUUGUUGACAUUCAUAA